CGGAUCCCGCCCGUCACUGCGAGACGAGCCGUGCGAUGUCUCAGCAGGAAUGAGUCGGAGUCCUGCUGCCGCUGCGAUUUAAAACAAAACUAUUCGUGAGAAAAACUCCUCUUUAUUGCAUCAAUUUCAACUUGACACCGGAGCAUGGGAGUCGUCUGCACGGACGCGCGUCGACACCGGCUGCAGAAGUUGGACAGACAAACAUUGUCAAUGCCAUGAAUGUGGACUUUGGACAAGCUUUACAGCGCAGUGCAGAAGAACAGAGCAAAUAGGCGGACCCGUUGCUUUUAUGCGCAGAUUAUGUGUCUCUGGAUAUUCCAUGAACAUGAUGCACUUACAUAAAAUGCACCUUUAAUGUGCCUUGAGGCAUGGAGGGGUAUUGAUCCAGAGGAGAAAUGCACGCUUCUGAUUCACAGUAAUGGAAUGAAGACACUCUCCUCGAUACAAUGGAUGAUAGAUCCAGUAAGCUCAUGUUGGUUCCUAUCCUGGCGGUGCUGUUUGUUAUGAUUGGUUACCAGUACAUAUGUCCCGCAGGCAGCAAUUCGUGCCACUUCAAGCCCGGGGAGAAGCUGAAGGGGGUGAGCCUUCUCUCCAGCCCGGACCAGGACACGGAUGAUUUCUACAGGGACCAGGACCUGGAGGACGACAGCCCCGCCAAGCUGCCCUCCAAAUUCAACUUCUCCGAGCGGGACCUGGACAGACACGUGGAGUUCAACAUCAAAGGGGACGACGUGAUCGCGUUCCUGCACAUCCAGAAGACCGGGGGCACCACUUUCGGGAGGCACCUGGUGAGGAAUAUUCGCCUGGAGCAGCCGUGCGACUGCCAGCCGGGCCAGAAGAAGUGCACAUGUCACCGGCCGGGCAGAGACGAGUCCUGGCUCUUCUCCCGCUUCUCCACGGGCUGGAGCUGCGGGCUGCACGCAGACUGGACCGAGCUGACGAACUGUGUGCCCGUCAUUAUGGACAAGAAGGAGGCCCAGAGGAACAAGAGGAACUUCUACUACAUCACCAUGCUGCGCGACCCAGUCUCCCGCUACCUGAGCGAGUGGAAGCAUGUUCAGCGUGGCGCCACAUGGAAGACCGCCCUCCAUAUGUGUGAUGGACGCUCCCCCACCCAGGAUGAGCUGCCCACCUGCUACAGCGGCGAUGACUGGUCCGGUGUCACCCUGACGGACUUCAUGAACUGCCCGUCCAACCUGGCCAAUAACCGGCAGGUCCGCAUGCUGGCUGACCUGAGCCUGGUGGGCUGCUACAACCUGUCCUCGAUGAACGAGAGCCAGCGGAACCACAUCCUGUUGAGCAGUGCCAUGAGCAACCUGAAGAACAUGGCAUUCUACGGCCUGACGGAGUUUCAGCGCAAGACGCAGUACCUGUUUGAGCGGACGUUCAGCCUGCGUUUCAUCUCCGCGUUCACGCAGAUCAACAGCACGCGAGCCGCCAACGUGGACCUGAGCGAGCCCGUGCGCGGACACAUCGAGGAGCUCAACUUCUUGGACGUGCAGUUGUACGAGUACGCAAAGGACUUGUUCCUGCAGCGAUUCCAAUUCACCCGCCAGAGGGAGCACCAGGAGGUGCGCUUGAAGCGGCGCGAGGAGAGGCGUUGGCUGAGGGAGCAAAGGGAGCAGGGCAGGCCGUGGCAACCCAAGUACAGAGGAGGCGGAGACAGGGGCGAGAGAGCGGGAGGAGGUUUUGAGGAAGGGACUGAUGGGGACAUUCCGACCACUACUGAGGACUACACAAGCCAAGUGGCCCGCUGGUGAAGCUUUGGUCCCACAAAGAGAGAGGGGCAAAAGAGAGAGAGCGGCCGAUGGAGAUUCCUCACAGACUACAUCAAACAUUUCCUUUGACGCUCUCUUGCACAUCCUAUGUCUCUCUCUUCCAGUCUCACCAUUAAUCUGUCUCCCGCAUCUAUCCGUCUCUCAGCUUCAGUGUGAUCCAAGCGCUCUGCUGUUUCUUUGCGAAAACUGCCAAGUCUGUGAGUCUCACAGCAGCUCUGCCUUGGACUGCCUUUUGGUGUCUUAAAUCUUUAAAUGCCGUUUAUAUAUUUUUUUUGUCAUUCAUUUUUGCCUUUGUUGUUUAUCAUUUGUUGGGGGAAAAAGACAGUAAACUGAGGUGAAGAGAAAAACAGAGCCUGGCAGAGACUGCAAUGCUUUCAAUUUUGACAUGAAGUGCAAAAUGAAAUAAUGUCACUGAAGUUAUUGUCUUUGUUGCAACUGGUAGAAAAAUUUUCCAUUUGAAAGUUGUAGUUGUAGAACUGAUGGUUGCAUGUCACAUGUUAUACUUCUAAUUGGGGAUAAUCAUUUCCAAAAGAUAUACAGUACUGUAAACCAAAGGGAAUAAACACAAAAUACAAAAUAAAUUUUCUUUUAAUUUAAUGCCGUUGAAACCCUCUCUGACGCUGGACUCACAAGUGUGCGUUGUGUUAACGCCCGACUGUGUGUCCGACAUUUUGGCAGGAAUCGCCAUAAUGACAACAAUCACACGUUUCAUGCUUGGGACACACAACUUAGCCGGUUUCUGUGCUAAUGUGCCAUGCUAGCUAUCAACACAAUGCUAAAGCGAAGUACGUGAAGAAAUAAUACCCACAAUCAGAUGAACACGCACCAGCUGCCUCCUCCGCACUGUGUGAUUUGAUUGGCUGCUGCUUGAAUAUGUGUUUAAACCCAAUUUGAAAAAUGUAUCACUGAGCAACGUGAUGCAACUGAACCAGAAUGCAGUUCGGCAACUUAUGACGUCACCGCGUUCAGUCAAUGAGCCGCAUUAUGGUUGACAACUCCCAACGCACGUGUGAGUCCAGCGUUAUGAUGCAUGCAGUACCCACUUUUUAAACCAAAUUUUACAAUACUGAUGCUAAUAUUUUUGCAGUGCAACAUAUACAGUAUUAUGUUCAAAGUGCAAUACUUGGCAGGAGAACACUUCUCCCAAAGACAUCAUGGUGUGCACAUAAAGCUUGUCACAAUGGGGACAUCCUGCUCAGAAAAACGUCUCUCCCAAUACCUUUGCAAGAAGUUUGUGUUUUUUUUUAUAUCAGAAUUUGAAACAAGUAUCGUGCAAUGAGACGAGCACACACGUUUUCUCAAGUGGGGGGUUGUAGAGGAGAAGUUAGGCAAUAGUACAGGUGAUGAAAUGUGUCAGCAUGGCUGGUGUGUGGCCCGACUGUAAAUGAGAUGAUCAGCAUUCAGUGCUCAUGGCCCUCCCCGUCACACUGUCUGCUUUUACAUGUUUGUAGAGCUGACUGCAGCCGCACCGUGGGCAGCCAGGGCGCUCUAAUGCCAGCAUGAGUGCCAGCCUACAAAGACCAGCCUCAAAGCAGACAGUGGAGAAAUUAAACACUCUGUCAUUUCUCCUGCCCAAUCAUUUUCCAAUCCCUCAAAUCCAAUCAGCGGAGCGACACAUGAGGAUGAGAGAGGUCCCUGCUUUCAUAUGGUUAAAUAAGCCUCAGUGAUGCGUUUGAUGCCUCUUAUCUCGGUCAAAAUCCCUGCUUAUCAAAUUAAACGUUCACUAGAUGUCAACACUGAAGUCAUUUACCUGCUGCUGUUCAUUUCAUGUUUCUUCAAAUACCUCAGAUUACAUGUUUUUCUUCAA